AUGUUGAUGACUAGGAAGGUCCUUAGAUUUGGAAUGCCAAUUAGGUACGCGAUUGAUGUGAAAAACAGAUUCAAGCAGCAUGAAAAGAAGGGUGUGAGGAUGGUAUUCUGGAGAACCCUUCAAGAUAUCUCUAAAAGUAUGUACUAUCUUCUAGACCACCCUAUUUAUUUGCAUAAAAUCAGUUUGAUAUCUCUGAAUAAGCAGGUGAUAAAGGAUCUAAAGUAUCAUUCCAAUAGAUUUUGGCUGAUAUCUGCCAUCAUCGAUAUAAUGUGUGACGUCGUUGACCUAUACCAAAUACAAAAAGAUAUAUAAAUUGCAGUAAGUUCUAUAAUAUUAAUAUCCAAAAUACUUAUCGUAAAUGGUAUAGAAACAAAGCUCUUUGGGGAAGUUGAAUUCGAGAAAAAAUUUACAAGCAAAUGCAUAGGAUGUAAGAGAAAAGUUGAGGAAACUGUAUUUACUACACUUCCUAAAGUUACUAAGCAUUUUGAGGAGUCUGGCAGACAUACCUACUUCGCUUCAUUAUAUGGGUACAAAGAGAGUUAACGCAUAGACUGCUGGAUUCUUUGGUACUAUUUCUUCUAUAAUUUCUCUGUAUAAUCUCUGGGGCAAGCAAUGAACAAAAGUUUGAUUAUUGAAUUAUGA